CAAAGUGGAGAGAGCGGAGACACCCCUGCUUUUCUUCUGUCGCCGACAGCUCAAUGGCUGUGUUAUGGUCGGCGGCUCCCUCGGCAAUCCUCUUCCUCACUGUUCUGUUGCUGAAGCUGCACCCGAUAUGGCCGGUGGCGGUUGGACUCGAUCCCCGAGCUUCCCUUCUGGUGAAGCCGGGGUCUCCAUUCAAGAUCGCUCUGUUCGCUGAUUUGCACUUCGGAGAGAACGCGUGGUCCGACUGGGGGCCCAGCCACGACGUGAGCUCCGUCAAUGUCAUGUCCACCCUGCUCGACGAUGAAAAACCUGAUUUCGUGGUGUAUCUUGGAGAUGUCCUUACGGCGAAUAACUUCGCAGUAGAAAAUGCAAGCUUGUACUGGGAUCAAGCUCUCUCUCCAACAAAAUCGAGGGGCAUUCCCUUCGCCAGUGUCUUUGGAAACCAUGACGAUGCUCCCUUCGAGUGGCCAUUGGAGUGGUUUUCAGCCCCAGGCAUUCCUCCGGUUCGCUGCCCUGCUGAAUCUUCAGGAGAUUGCAGCUUCAGAGGAACACAUCGUUUGCAGCUCAUGAAGAAUGAGAUAGGGCAGAAUGCACUGUCCCACUCUUUUGAGGGUCCACAGGAUCUGUGGCCAAGCGUAUCCAAUUACGUCCUUCAGAUCUCGCCGACAGAUAAUCCUCAGUCCCCUAUAGCGUUCCUUUACUUUCUCGAUUCUGGCGGUGGAUCCUAUCCAGAAGUAAUAUCAAACGCCCAAUCUGAAUGGUUCAAAACCCGAUCUCUAGAGAUCAACCCAGAUUCAAGGGUACCAGAGUUGAUAUUUUGGCACAUACCUAGUAAAGCUUACGAAAAGGUGGCUCCAGGCGGUGGUGUACCUCAGCCUUGUGUGGGCUCAAUCAACGACGACAAAGUUGCUUCUCAAGAAGCUGAGACAGGGAUCAUGGACAUUCUUGCGAGCCGGCCUUCUGUCAAGGCAGUAUUUGUUGGCCACAACCACGGAAACGACUGGUGCUGCCCCGACAACAAGCUGUGGCUAUGCUAUGCCAGGCAUACUGGGUACGGUGGCUAUGGUACUCGGGAGAAAGGCGCGAGAAUUAUUGAGAUAAAUCAACAACCUUUCUCUAUCAAGUCUUGGAUAAGGAUGGAGAAUCACGAAAUACACAGUGAAGUUGAUUUGAGUUCUUAAAAGUUUUCGAUGUACGGUGAAAAAUAAAAGCUAGAUAAAAAAGGAUGCUGUUAUCAAUGGCAAAUGUAUCUAGCUCUUAUAAAGAAUGCAUAAUAUUAUAAAUCGUUGAUUA